AUGAGAAGAAGCAAAACUUCUAUUAGAGAAAGGGAGGAAACUGGUAAAAAUAUAAAAGUUAUUGCAAGGUUCAGACCCUUGAUUGAUAUAGAGCUACAGCUUCCAGAAACAAAACUCGAUCUGUAUUCUUUCCCUAACGAAACCAGUGUAGUAGUAAAGCAAGGAUUGGACUCAGAUCCAUUCGUUUAUGAUAAAGUUUUUUCACCAGACACUUCUCAAAGCGAUAUUUUUGAAUUCAUUGGCAAGCCAAUUAUUGAAGAUGUCCUGACUGGGUAUAAUGGUACAGUCUUUGCUUAUGGCCAAACUGGCUCUGGAAAAUCUUUUACAAUGAUGGGUCUUGAUAUUUACGACAAAGAAUCUCAAGGUAUCAUUCCAAGAGCUAGUGGAUUAGUUUUUGAGUCACUAGCAAACAUUAAGAAUGAAGCAGAAAUCACAUUAAAAUGCUCUAUGCUAGAAAUUUAUAAAGAAAAACUUAAGGACUUACUAGGAAAUAACAGUGCGAAUUUAAAAAUUAAAGAAGACCCAAGAAAAGGAAUUUAUGUGCAUGGGCUGACUGAAAUGUAUGUGGUAUGUGAAGAAGAAAUAAUGGAUGUUUUGUCGUUAGGAGAAAGCAAUCGCACAGUGGCGUCUACAAAAAUGAAUAGCGUAAGCUCAAGAAGCCACCAAUUAUUUAUGUUAGAAAUAAACCAGAAGCUCUCCAAUGACUCUGAAAAGCGAGGGAUAUUAAAUUUAGUCGAUUUAGCUGGAUGUGAAAAAAUCAACCAAACUGGCGUUACGGGAAAUAAGCUAGAAGAAGCUAAAAAAAUUAAUUUGUCAUUAAGUGCUCUUGGAAACGUUAUUCAUGCACUCACAAAUGGGUCUGAUCAUAUUCCAUACAGAGAUUCAAAACUAACAAGGUUAUUGCAGGAAUCAUUAGGUGGAAACUAUAAAACCACUUUAAUCGUCUGCUGCUCGCCACAUCCUAGGAACUUUGACGACACACUAAAUACUUUAAAAUUUGCUCAAAGAGCAAAAACAAUAAAAAACCAAGCGAAAAUGAAUAUUAAAAGGUCUCCAGAAGAAUACAUUCGAAUGAUCAAUCAGCUGAAGCAGCAGCUAACUGAGGCAAAAGAUGAAAUUUCCAGAUUAAGAGGACACUACUCAAGUGAAAUCACAUCUCCUAUAAUGAUAGCUCGAAGUUUGACAAAUAUAUCUACAGCUCCUACAGAUGACCUUUUUUCUCCAACCUCUAUUGAAGAUUUUGGACCUUCUUUUAACCAAGACAAAUCCAAAGGUCUUGAAGAUUUACUUCAUUACGACCAAUAUGCUGAAGAAUUAGCUAAUUUGAAGCAAGAAAAAGAAGCCUCAAAUGAAAGAAUUGCAGAGCUCGAAAAAGAAUUGAAUAGUGAAAGGAAAAAAAGACUGAAAGCUGAAGCUUCAGCGCUGGAAUAUUUUGAAAUGUACAAAAAAGUAUCUAUAAUUAAAUCAAGCGACGAAGAUUCUGUUAGGCUGCUGGUAAAGGAAAAUGAAAUCUUGCAUCGCCAAGUUGAAAUUUUAAAACACCAUCUCAGUCAAAUGAGUGAGAGGUUUAGUAUCACCUUAGGAAAAUUAAACGCAGGAGAAAAUGUGGCAGAGUGGGAAUUCGUAGACCCAAAAACAGAUAUGCUCCUAACAACUGAGCAAAGAGUUUACACUGAAGAAUCCUACUUGAAAGCUUAUAAGCAGUCAGAAAUAGGAAUUGAUAUUCCUCUAGACGAAGAAUAUAUACAGUCUCAAGACCAAUACACUCAAGAACUGUGCUCAGCAUUAGAAAACGAUACUAAGCUGAGUAACGAAAUUAUCAUUUUUCAAUUAAAAAAGCAAAUAAUACAAUCUGGGGUUGCCAAUAGUGAACUCUUGAGAUGCUAUUAUGAUACUCAAUGGAAAUAUAACUUACUAAAAGAAAAAUUUAACUUGAAAGUGUUGCUUGUGAGAAAUCAAGAAAAAAGAAUUUCUGAAUACGAACAAAUGAUAAAUCAUUUAAAUGAAUCUUAUAAUAAACUGAUAAGUAUUAUAGAAAAACUUGAAACUGAGCACUGAAAUAAAGAGCAUGUGAUCGAAAGCAGCAACAAUUUCAAAGGAAAGAUUAUAAGGCCUAUUAAGCAAAUUCCUCAUACCACUUUGGAAACUCCAGCUAUCGUGAGGAAAGGCUCAAGAAUGAAAACAUCAAUAUCAGUCAUCAAGCACCAUUUUGAAGACUUUUCGCAUCAAAAAUCUUCAUUUACAGAACACGAAGAUGGGUUCAAGUUCCGGAGUUUAGAAACCAACCUACAGCUUCAAACAAUGUUCAGCCAUAAUAUGAAGAAUGGGUAUGAGCAAGUAAAAAAUGAAUGCAACGUUUUUAAAUCCCUCCUUGAAACUUACCAGAAGCAAAAUCUUGAAAUUUAUAUGAAAGAAAAAUCAAGAUGGAAAAUAUAUUUGGAAGGACUCAAAAAUAUAUGCGAAAAAGAAUUAAUGAGAAAGCAACUAGAAAUCAAUAAACUGCAUGAGGUAUUAGGGGAGUGGAUUAAAAAAUAUAUGGAAAUCCAAGAAAAUGUGGCGAUUCCACAAAUGAAAACUCAGAAUUUAGAGUUGACAAAGGAAUUCAUUAUUAAGCUUGAAAAGCUGUGGAAAGAUACUCAGAUGGCUAUUGUUAGACCAUCAAAACUGAGUUUGGAAAAUUCCCCGCUGCAUAGUCGAUUUAGAAAGCCAAGUUGCUUAUCUCUCAAUUCUCAAAAGGGAGAUUUAUCCCCACCUCCUUUCGAUUAUUAA